GGGCGUGCCCCGCCCCCGUCGGGCUUGAGUGUCUGGUGUGUUUGCGGCCCGUGCCGCUCGCGCUUUGGCGCUCGCUGCUGCCCUGCGCCCCUAACCCCGCGGGGCGUCGUGGUGCAACAUGGGCCUGGAAGAGGAGCUGUUGAGAAUCGCCAAAAAGCUGGAGAAGAUGGUAGCCCGGAAGAAGACGGAAGGGGCCCUCGACCUUCUGAAGAAGCUGAACAGUUGUCAGAUGUCCAUCCAGCUGCUGCAGACCACCAGGAUUGGAGUUGCUGUCAAUGGAGUUCGAAAGCACUGCUCAGACAAGGAGGCAGUAUCCUUGGCCAAAGUUCUCAUUAAAAACUGGAAGAGGCUGCUGGACUCCCCUGCACCUGCCAAAGGAAAAAGAGAAAAAGCAAAGAAGAAAGAAAAAGGGCUCGGCUCUUCAGACUGGAAGCCAGAGGCAGGUCUUUCUCCACCACGGAAGAAAGGAGGGGAAGAGCCCAAAACCAGGAGAGACUCUGUAGAUUCCAGGUCAUCCACCACCUCCUCUCCAAAAAUGCCGCCGUCGGUGGAAAGAUCCAACAGCAGCACAUCGAAAGUGGAAACUCCCAAGACCCCCAGCAGCCCCUCAACUCCUACAUUUGCCCCCUCCGUCUGUCUCCUGGCCCCCUGCUAUCUCACAGGGGACUCUGUCCGAGACAAGUGUGUGGAGAUGCUGUCAGCAGCCCUGAGGGCAGAAGAUGAUUUCAAGGACUAUGGAGUGAACUGUGACAAGCUGGCCUCAGAAAUAGAAGACCAUAUCUAUCAGGAACUCAAGGGCACCGACAUGAAGUACCGGAACCGUGUGCGCAGCCGCAUUAGCAACCUGAAGGACCCCAGGAACCCGGGCCUGAGGCGGAAUGUGCUCAGCGGGGCCAUUUCGCCAGAGCUCAUUGCCAAGAUGACGGCAGAGGAAAUGGCCAGUGACGAGCUGAGGGAGUUGAGGAACGCCAUGACUCAAGAGGCCAUCCGCGAGCACCAGAUGGCCAAGACAGGCGGCACCACCACUGACCUCUUGCGGUGUAGCAAGUGCAAGAAGAAGAACUGCACCUAUAACCAGGUGCAGACACGCAGUGCUGAUGAGCCCAUGACCACCUUUGUCUUAUGCAAUGAGUGUGGGAAUCGCUGGAAGUUCUGCUGACUGGACCACCAGCCAGGACGAUGGCAGGAGGAAGAACAAGCAGGAAGCACAGACCAUGUGACCCAGAGUGAUAAAUAAAAAUUCAAAUGAAAGCAAAUGCGGAGCCCUGGAUGAGGCUAGGGGUUAGAUGAGAG